CCACCUCCUAAAAACAAGAACAACAAUAAGUUGCAAAAACGGCGCUGAACUUAUAGUUUCGCCUUUGGACACAACAGACGCCCCCGCGCAUCUAGAAAAUCUAGAAACCGAGAACCCAAAAGAUGAUUCAUGUGGGCGAGAGUACGUGGAACCUGCGGAUCCUCAUCACCGAUCUGCAGGUGGAGAAGACGCUCCGCGUGAAGGGCGAUCAGCAUAUUGGCGGCGUCAUGUUGAACCUGGUGGAUCCGGAGAUGCCCAAGGAUUGGUCCGAUCACGCCCUCUGGUGGCCCGCCAAGAAUGUUUGGCUUACCAGGACAAGAUCCACUUUGGAUCAGGCGGGAGUCCAGUCGGAUUCCUUCCUGCACUUCACGCCCAUGCACAAAACACUGCGAGUUCAAAUGCCCGAUCUUCGCUAUCUCGAUUAUCGAGUGAAUUUCUCUGCAAAAACUUUCGGGGCUGUGGUUAGUCUGUGCAAGGAUCUGGACAUCCGCUACCCGGAGGAGCUGUCCUUCUGCAAGCCUUUGGAGCCAGAGCAUCUCAAGAAGAACUUCUCCAAGCUGCCGCAGCGCAAGAUUCCCGUGCAGGAGGCAAAUGGGAUAGGUUUUCUCCAGCCAGCGGCGGAUACAAACUCAUUUGUACCCAUUACAGGCGCCUAUAAUGGCAGCAAUGGCUCGCUGGAUCGCUCCCACAAUGGCAAUCUUCUCUGUGCUCCGGCCUCGCCAUAUGCCACUACGCCCAGGAGAGCGGCCACGGCGCCUGGCACGCCCAUUAGCUCGCCCACGGGCACCUGGAAGCACAAUUCCACCGGCUACGCCAGCUACGAUUCAAACUCCAGUUUCGGUGAUCUGCAGGAGAAUCUGGCGGUGUCGCCCAGGUCACCCAGCCCGGAUGUUCGUGCUCGCUUAGUGCGACCCAAAACGCGGGUGGAAAAGGCCCGUCUGAACGUAGGCUGGCUGGAUUCAUCGCUCUCCAUCAUGGAGCAGGGCGUCCGGGAGUACGACACGCUCUGUCUGCGCUUCAAAUACUUCACCUUCUUCGAUCUGAACCCCAAGUACGACCAGGUGCGCAUCAAUCAGCUGUACGAGCAGGCCAAGUGGAGUAUUUUGAACGAGGAACUCGAUGCCACCGAGGAGGAGACCCUCAUGUUUGCCGCCCUGCAGUUCCAGGUGAAUCACCAGACCGAUUUGCAUCCACCAGGCAUUGAUUCCGGCAUAGAUACCUCGAGUCAGGAGACUGGCGGCGAGGAUGACAUCGAUUCGGCGCUGAAUGAGCUGCAGAUUACUCUAGAAGGACCAGGAGGUGGCAAGGAUCAGGGGAAUAUCACGAGGAUACCAGAGCUAUCGGAUUAUCUAAAAUUCCUCAAGCCGCAGAGGUUCACCCUGAAAGGAUACAAGCGCUACUUCUUCACCUACAGGGAUCUGCAUCUGCACCUGUACAAAUCGCAGGAGGAGUCGCGUCGCGGCGCCCCCAGCAUCAGCAUCAAUUUGCGCGGCUGCGAGGUGACGCCCGAUGUUAAUCUGUCGCAGGGCAAGUUCGCCAUUCGACUGGAAGUCCCACCGGAGGGCAGGAAUGGCCCGAACAGCGAGGUCUGGGUGAGAUGCGAGAACGAGGAGCAGUACGCCAAGUGGAUGGCCGCCUGCCGAUUGGCCGCCAAGGGCCGUUCGCUGGCCGACAGCUCGUACGACAGCGAGGUGAGCAGCAUUCGCUCGCUUCUGCAGAUGCAGAAACCCGCCCAGGGAGCCCCACUCACUGUCAAUCCAAGGAGCGUUGAGCCCAUGGAUUAUCUAUCACCCAAAAUGAUGCGCAAGCUGUCGAGCAAGGCGGUGCAGAGGAUUCUGGAGGCCCAUGCCAAUGUCAAGCAACUGCCGCUGAUGGAGGCCAAGAUGAAGUACAUUCAGGCCUGGCAAUCGCUGCCCGAUUUCGGCGUCACCCUGUUCGUAAUCAAAUUCGACGGGCACAAGAAGGAGGAGCUGCUGGGCGUGGCCAAUAACCGGAUUAUGCGCAUGGAUCUUAGUUCGGGGGAUCACAUCAAAACCUGGCGCUACAACACCAUGAAGGCCUGGAACGUCAACUGGGGCAUCAAGUGCAUGAUGAUCCAGCUGCAGGACGAGAACAUCAUCUUCUCUGUCCAAUCGGCCGACUGCAAGGUGGUGCACGAGUUCAUCGGCGGCUACAUAUUCAUGUCCAUGCGCUCCAAGGAGAACAACCAGACGCUCAACGAGGAGAUGUUCCACAAGCUGACGGGCGGCUGGUCGUAA